AUGACUUGGUUUUCAAGGACUUAUGAGGUAACAAAGAAAGCUGUUGGGUUUAUAGGACCGGGGAUCCUUAUUUCUGUAGCUUAUAUGGAUCCUGGUAAUUAUUCCACUUCGGUAUCUGCUGGGGCAAUGUAUGAAUAUAAAUUAUUAUUCAUUAUAUUUUUAUCCAACAUAUCAGCAGUUUUAUUACAAUGUCUAUGUAUUAAACUUGGUACUAUAACAGGUUUGGAUCUAGCUGAAAUGUGUAGAUUACAUUUACCUGAAUCGUUAAAUUUGACCCUUUAUAUAUGUGCAGAGUUAGCUAUUAUUGCAACCGAUUUAGCUGAAGUCGUUGGUACGGCUAUUUCCUUGGAAAUUUUAUUCGGUAUACCAUUGAUCUUUGGGGUGUUGAUAACGGUGUUGGAUGUUUUGAUCAUUUUAAUAGCAUAUGAAAAGGAUGGGUCUAUGAAGCAAACAAGAAUUUUUGAAACUGUAGUGUCUUUAUUAGUAUUGGCAACUUGUGUUUGUUUUAUUCUUGAAUUGUUUGGUUGUGACUUCCCUCCUGGUGCUUUAGGUGAGAUUUUCAAAGGUUACUUACCCACUGAACCUAAAAUAUUUAAAGAACAGAAUGCUUUAUUCUUGAGUUGUGGUAUUGUUGGUAGUACUGUAAUGCCUCAUUCAUUAUAUUUAGGUUCAGCUUUAGUCCAACCAAGAUUGAAAGAAUACGAUAUCAAACAUGGUUAUGCUACUGAAGAUGUUUACAAUGAAGAUAAUCAAAGUGAAAUUUCCACAGGUAAUGAAGAAUUCCAUGCUACUAUUUCAAAAUUUAGAAGUAUUUCUGAUGGUUCGAAUUUGACUAAAAAAUUCAGACCUUCUUAUGAAGCUAUCAAAUAUUGUCUCAAUUAUUCAUAUUUAGAAUUGAUUAUUUCACUUUUUGUCAUUGCAGUAUUUGUUAAUUCUUCCAUUUUAAUUGUAGCAGGAAACUCAUUAUUUGGUAAACCUGAUGCUGAAGAUGCUGAUUUAUUAUCAAUUUAUGAAAUGUUGUCCCAUUAUAUUUCCCCUGCUGCAGGUCUUAUUUUUGCAUUAUCCAUGUUAUUUGCUGGUCAAAGUGCUGGAAUUGUAUGUACUAUGGCUGGUCAAAUUGUUUCUGAAGGGUUUAUAAAUUGGUCUGUUAAACCAUGGAUUAGACGUAUCAUUACUAGAGUGUUGGCCAUCAUUCCUGUACUUGUAUUCAUCAUUAUUUUAGGUCGUGAAGGAGUUUCUAGAAUAAUGAAUUCCUCACAAGUAGUAUUAUCAUUUAUUUUACCUAUUGUAUCAGCUCCUUUGAUUUGGUUCACUUGUAAUAAGAAAUACUUGACUGUUUAUGAUACAAGUGAGCUUGUUAAUGAAGAAUCUAAUGAACAGACUGCUUUAUUAGCACCUACCAAUUAUUCUAAUGUUCCAGUAACUGUAAGAAAAAUCACUUUUGAAAAUGGUUUACCUUUAACUAUUGCUUCCAUUUUAACUUGGGUAGUUAUAACAGGUUUAAAUAUCUAUUUGGUUGUAGCAUUUGCAAAUGGCGCUGAUAUAUAG